CUAUUAAGCGGAGAGAUGGGCACAGUGAUUUGUUGUCACCCAUGUAGCCAAAAUCCAUUCAGUCAGCGUUUGGUGUUCGUCCGGGGAGGCAGCAUGGCUUCGGUGCAAGAGCGCGGAAGCUGGGCCUCCAAGACGGAGUUCCUCUUGUCGUGUCUCGGUUACGCCAUCGGGCCUGGCAAUGUUUGGCGAUUUCCGUACCUGUGCUACCGCAAUGGAGGCGGUGCCUUCCUGAUUCCAUACCUGGUCAUGCUGUUCUUCUGCGGGAUUCCGUUGUUCUUCCUGGAGGUUUGCAUCGGGCAGUUCUCCGGACGUGGUUGCGUAACGGUGUUCAACAUUGCACCGCUGUUGAAGGGCGCUGGACUGGCGAUCGUGCUGAUCAAUCUCAUUUGCUGUUCGUACUACAACGUCAUCAUUGCAUAUCCGAUACUGUUCCUGUGGAAGUCGUUGCGAAGUCAGCUGCCAUGGGAGAACUGCCAAAACGAGUGGAAUACGGAACGCUGUUUGGAGUUGAGCGGGCCCAACAAGACCCAGAUACUUAUAGACAACAGUGGCUUGGGUGCUACGGAACGAUGGCGAACGCCAGCGGACGAAUUUUUCCACCAUGAAAUUCUACACAUUUCGGAUGGAAUCGAUUCUCCAGGAGGCAUUGUAUGGCCUCUGUUCUUUAGCAACCUAAUCACUUGGAUGUUCAUCUACGCGUGCAUAAUCAACGGAGUGAAAUCCGUUGGCAAAGUUGUCUACUUCACGGCUACGUUCCCGUUCGUGGUACUAGCAGUGCUAUUCGUACGUGGUAUCACUCUUCCGGGUGCGGUUGAAGGAAUAAAAUUCUACAUACUGCCUCAGUGGAGUCAGCUAACCAACCUGAAAGUCUGGGCAGACGCAGCGAUCCAGAUCUUCUUCUCGUUGGGCCCCGGAUGGGGUGGAAUCGUCAACAUGGCCAGCUACAAUCAGUUCAAGAACAACACCAAGCUCGAUUCUAUAGUGGUCCCUAUCGUGAAUUGCGGGACCAGUAUCUUUGCCGGAUUUGUCGUGUUCUCAGUGCUGGGUUAUUUGUCGCACCAAACUGGCAUUCCGGUGUCCACGGUUGCCACCGGCGGUCCCGGUCUGGCGUUCAUCACCUACCCGGAGGCAAUCGCGAUGCUCCCGUUCCCGCAACUAUGGGCCUCUCUAUUUUUUCUGAUGCUAUUCUUCCUUGGUAUAGAUAGUAUGUUUGUGCAGAUUGAGACCAUCAUUUCAUCGGUGUUGGACGAGUUUCCCACGCUGAGAAAAUCAAAACGGUGGAUUACACUGGGGGUGUGCUUGUUGUUGGUUUUACUGUCCUCGCCAUGCACAAUGGAGGGAGGAAUGUACCUGGUGCAGCUGUUCGACUGGUACGCGGCAUCCAUUUCCGUCAUUUUGGUGUGCAUCGUCGAAAUUGUCGCCGUGGCGUGGAUCUACGGAGUGCGGAAUUUUGUGCGCGAUGUGGAGUUCAUGAUUGACCGGACCGUCGACCGGUUUUGGAUCCUGUCGUGGAAGUUUGUCACUCCUACCAUUUUGACGUUCAUAUUCAUUACAACUAUUCUGUACAACACGGAAGCUACCUACAAUGGUGUUCGGUAUCCCAAGUGGGCUAUUGCUGUCGGAUGGAUGAGCUGCAUAUCUUCCAUGCUGUGUAUUCCAGCAUAUGCUUUGUACAAGCUAGCUUCUAGUAAAGGAUCGCUAUUAGAGAGGGUUAAAUCCAAUUUAGCUCCACGGGAUUGGGGUCCAGCUGAUGCAUUGCAGAGGACUCUAUGGCAGCAAAAUGUUGAGAUGAAGUCCGUCAAGUGAAGCCUGAAUUGCCAGCUCUAAUAUGUCUGCCUAAACUUACAAUACGUUGAGAAAUAUGAAUAAAGUAGGUUCAAUAAAAACGUCGGCCGU